CUCUGAGUAAGUGAAAGUUAGAGUGUUCGUGUUACGCUCGUUCGUGGUAGUUCUGGUGUGGAAGUAUAAAGACGAUACCCGUGGUCCGUGGCUGGUUGGACGGUCGCUCAUAUCUCUUCCGUCGUCAUCAUUCAUUCGCCUCACGGGACGCGAUCCGGAGUGGCCGUGGAAGGUUCCGUUUUUUUGUGUGCGAUUUAGAGCCCUUCCCCAAGUUCCCGUUCAUGUUCGCUAUUGGAAACAUAUUGGAUCAAAAUUUGUAGCAGUGGACAGAUUUUGUAUUUCCGUCACCAUCGGUGAAAAACUGGUGCAUAGCUGGAACUUCCGAGUGUUUCCGGAUUUACGUUUUGGGAAUUGCGGAAGUGUUUUCUCAGUAAAAGUAAUCAUCAUCGAGUGAGGGUUGGAAUGUGGAAAAGUUCUCGCGCACACGUAGCAGAAGAAAUUCUUCCGGAUUGUUUGUGUGGUAGGGCUGACCGCAGCGGUGCGAGCAGUGUACAGUUUCAAUGGGAAAUUUAUGACUAGUUUGGCCAUAGUUGGGGUCCGGUACGGGUCGAAGUGCUACCGAAGAGGGUGUUCUUUAGUGUAUAGCUUUCGGCUACUUGCUCAUACUCAACAGUGGAGGAGGGGAAUUUACCUUGAAGCAGCGGAACUUAUUUUCUUCGUUUGUUUGGCCAACGUGGUGUCUUGAGCCGGACAGUCGGCAGAAAAAUCUUAUUGUUUUCUCGAGUGGUGCUUUAUCAUAAAUUCAGAUAGCAGUCGGUCCGCGGCAAGGUUGGACUGAGGGUUGGUUCCCUUCCGAAGUGGCACAGGGUGAAACUGUGCAUAGCAGCACAGCAAACAGAGAGCCGCGCACAUAGAAGGAGCGAACUUCUACAAACUGAAAGACGACGCUGACUGGAGCUACUACUCGCUAAGGAGAAGCUGCGCCGGGGCUGGCUGGGGGGUGGUAUGUGAUAGCAGUCGAAAUGAAAUCACUUCUACAGCAGAGAAGAAGCUCUUUUUGAAGCCGGGGAACAGCAUUCUUCAAAGCAUCGGAAGCGAGCAGCAGAAGCAGCAGCAGCAGCGGCGAGAAUUGCCAGUUCCAGUUAUAUCAACAAAGUAGAAGCCCCGCGCUUCUCACUUCUAAAAUUUCUGGUUGGCAGCAUGUGCUAAUAGAUUUAACACUCGUUCGUUCGCGCGCCCGUUCGACAAACAGAUUCUCGAAUCUCGAUUCUAGUGAGUCAGUGCGGGAGAGCGCGCGGUAGAUUACGCACGUGUUUUUUUUUCGGGCGGUUCCGUGGGAUGGAGAGUGAAAAGCUUGGAAGCGUUAUUAGAACACCCGUUAAUCGCAUUUCGUGCCGGUGGUGCCGCUAGGAAACAAAAGCAGGUCAAACGUUGGAAGAUUUCCGCGGGUUUAAAGUGUUGGGGUUUUGGGUUGGUGGUCUGUUAACAUUUUUUUUGUUAAGUGACCCUCAUUCGAAGAAAGCAGAAGAAAAAGUGCAAAAGUUCGCCCUCGAGACCCAAAUGGGCGGGUCCCUUUGGGUGGAUCGGUGGCAGACGAAUCAUUCCACAACGAGCAACAAUUGCGCCGUUUCAAGUACGUCGCAGCCCCUCGCCAACCGACAUCGACUUCGACAUUGCCAUCACCGAACCAACGACGACAACUACCAACAAUACCAAGCAACGAGCACUAAUCGCCACUAAUUACUAAUCGAGUUUACAGAAGAGAAGAGCACUGUAAACUAGGCGAAUUUAUUGAUCCCGGCAGAAUCACACAUAUCUCCUCGGCCGCGCGCCGCACACACGGCGCACAAUCACGCACAGCAACGAGAAGAGUUUUAAAUCAUAAAAACCAAAGACUGUAAAUUCCCUGACUGACGUAGAGUCCAGACAUACAUCCAGAUUCGCAACCGGUAGAACGCCAGACCAUCUCGAUUCUUCUAUCAAAAAUGCGAUACACGAUGCGAAAUAGGAAGCUAAUGGUUGCGGCCGCAUUCGGUGGUACGUUGCUCCUGAUUGUGCUGUUCAAAGACUCGGAACUGGGGGCACGAUGCUUGCGGGCGACAUCGCAAACGUCAUCGGCCGCCGGUGGUGCAAUGAUACGUGGCGAAACGGGACCCGAUGCGGGUGGUGCUGGUGGUGGGGGCGGCGGCGGUGGCGCUGGCGGCGAAGGCGGUGGUGGUGGAGACAAAAACUAUCGCUAUCACCGGAACAUGCCGCUGAUAUUCAUCGGAGGAGUGCCCCGCUCGGGGACGACACUGAUGCGAGCGAUGCUGGAUGCACAUCCGGAAGUCAGAUGUGGCCAGGAAACACGUGUCAUCCCUCGUAUCCUUCAGCUGCGGUCGCAUUGGAUGAAAUCGGAGAAAGAAUCCGUCCGGUUAGUGGAGGCCGGCAUUACCAAGGAGGUGCUGAACGGAGCGAUCGCCCAGUUCUGCUUGGAGAUCAUCGCCAAUCAUGGUGAUGCUGCGCCGCGGUUGUGCAACAAGGAUCCACUCACGCUUAAAAUGGGCACCUACGUGAUCGAGCUGUUCCCAGAGGCUAAAUUCCUCUUCAUGGUGCGAGAUGGCCGGGCAACGGUGCAUUCAAUUAUCUCGCGGAAGGUCACCAUCACCGGGUUCGAUCUGUCAAACUACCGACAGUGCAUGACCAAAUGGAACCAGGCGAUCCAAACCAUGCACGACCAGUGCAAGGAGAUCGGCAAGGAGCGCUGCAUGAUGGUGUACUACGAGCAGCUGGUGCUCCACCCGGAGGAAUGGAUGCGGAAGAUCCUACACUUCUUGGACAUCCCAUGGAACGACUCGGUGCUGCACCACGAGGAGUUCAUCAACAAGGAGAACGGGGUGGCGUUAUCCAAGGUGGAACGAUCAUCGGAUCAGGUGAUCAAACCGGUUAACCUGGAAGCGCUCUCCAAGUGGGUGGACCACAUACCGGAGGACGUGGUCCGAGACAUGGCGGAAAUUGCACCCAUGUUGUCGGUGCUAGGGUACGACCCGUACGCUAACCCGCCGGACUACGGCAAGCCGGAUUCGUACGUGCAAGAGAAUACUUACAAGGUUCAGGCGAACCCCCAAAUGUGGGAGCACAAAGUAAAGGAGCUACUUAAUCGGGACGAAAAUCCACCGCCCAAAGCGAACAAUCACAACAAUAACAACAACGAGGACGAAGAUGACUAUGGCAAUAAUAAGGAACGCAAAACGUGAUAUUAGAAAACUUUAGCAUAUUUUUCAAUCAACCAACCAACCAACGCGAUCCUCUGAGGAUCAGACCGUAACCCGGAGCCGGGUUGUUGUUGUUGUUUUAUUUUAGAGCACAACGAGGAUGCUGUAGAGUGAUGGACUGCAUACAAAAGUAAAAGCGAGCUUUAGUUUAAUUUGUUAUUAUUCCUAGUUUUUCCGUGAAGUCGAGCCAAUUUUAGUAGAAUCGUCGGCGUCGCCAGAGAUGCCGCGCUGCCGUCGCCACCGCUACCGCUAUCAUGCAACCGCAAAUAGUGAGCUGCAUAUUCAAGUCAAGUCGUGCGAUUUACGUGUCAAUAAGCGAACAAGACAGAAACUUUAUUGCGAGGGGCACUUUUUAACAGAUCAAGACAAACCAAGCUAUGUGGUAGAACAAACUAUUAAUUAAUUAUUUUAUAUACAAAUCUAGAUACAAAUAAAUCUCUGUACUAUAGUAUGGUAGGUAUCGAAGAUUGCAAAGAAGACAAAACAACCAAACUGACGUGUAAAUAUUUGUGUAUGUAUAAAUGGAAAUCGCGCAAGAGUUGCACAUAGGACAAACCAGCAGCAAACAAACAAUAUGGCCAGAAACGAAGUUUUUAAAUGUGUAUAAAUGAAACCGAAAAUCAAAUAAAGAAAACAAUGAUUCAAUGGGGCACCUUUUCGCUUCUUCAAUGUUGAAAUAAUGAUAAA